CCUCGUGUAUCGCACUGUUCUUGGUGUUUCAUCUUAUUUCUGUCGACGUAUAUUAGAGUGUUUUACAAGACAGAUGACAGAUGAAACAGAUGACACAGAUGAUACAGAUGACCAACUUUGCGAGUUUUGUUGCGGGGCUUUUUUUGGUCAUCUGUGUUCACAGAUGACGAGCAUUCGAACAGCGAAAACCGGAGCCCCAAAAUCAAAAACAAAACAAAAAAGAGGGUCGGCUCUCCAGUGUCGCCGAGAAAGUGCGCCUUUCACGGUGCGAGCAGAUGGAGUGGCAGCACCUCCAUAGGCCCCACCCUGUGGGCCGAUGCGCCAGCAUUCCUAAUAGCAAAGGCACGAGCACGACGGUGCUGCGCAUAUACGCCGAUAGCUAGGCGGUGCUGUGCACUACACCUUCCCGCCUCGAACAGAUUCAGGCAAAAAAUACUUAGGGUAGACCGACGACGUUCCGCCUCAUUCCAAAUCUCUCGCUCCGCCCAAGAAAUGGCGAGUGAAGUGCGGGCUGUCAUCUGUCAUCUGUGCCUUUUCUUCGGCUUCCCGUCGAACUUUCGUCAUCUGUGUCAUCUGUUCAUCUGUACCUUCGUCAUCUGUGCCAGCCCCCCCUUAUACAACAGCCUAGUAUAUGUACAUCAUCGUAUCUGCUGCCUGUGUCUGGUUCAAUUGCGUUUUGGAAAAUCUUCUUGAAGACACAAAUAAAUGUCGUUGCAUUUCGCCGGGGCUGCGUCACCACGACCGACCCCUCCUGGGCGACGAGCGACGAUCUCGGAAGAGGGAAAUCGUAACGAAUCGAAGCAAAGGCAAGUACGUUACGCAAAAAAAAAUCUGCGUCGCAGCAGCAAAUUACCCGGCAUUUCGUUUGCAGGAGGACCCGCGGGAGUGCUAGUGCUAGCCAUAGCUGCGCCAGUGUUCAUCUAUGGUUUUCGGUCGAGUCGACCUCGUCCCGUUUCGCCCUCUCCUGCGGAAGAAUCUUGUUGCAACGACCGGCGACUUGAACAUGACGAGAAACAACAAGCUGCGCCAGACGAUGUUUAUUCCAACAAGCUAAAGAUGAACAUCGAGGAGCUACUGACCCCAAAACGAACAACAAGGUCCACCCCCGUGUUUGCGGAACACGACAGCCGGGAUGAUCAUGAUCAUGUCAACCCUGCUCAAUACCGCGACUGGUUUCUAUCCAGUGAUAACAAGACAGAAGGAGAAGCAUGGCUGCAACACGACCCGACGUCGAGUACAAAAACAGAAGGCGAAGGAGCGAAAGACAAGGACCACGACGAGCAAGCGGGUGGCUACUACAUUAGACGCAACGCCACCGACCUCCAAGAUGCGGACUUCGACCUCAAGGCGCGUCGGACGCUAGGGGGUUGCACCACUGCGACGCCUGCCUCGUCUGAUUUCUGUUUUAUAUCGGAGGACGCGACCACCACCCGCGAGGGCGAGGUCGUGGGCGAUCGCGACGAUGCUGCAGCAGCACGAAGAGUCUUUUCUGGGUUGCCCAUCACUGCAGGAUCAUCCUCUCUGGUGGAGAGCACUUCCUCGCCGUCCUGUCAAAAACAAGAAGACCCGCGCAGGGAAUAUUUGCUGGAAAAGCAUCCGGAGCAUGAUCGUCUACUUGAGCACCAGACUACUUUUCUCCCGCCCGGUGGGAGUACCGGGGACGGACAUGACACAUCCAUUACGCACCAGCUGCGGGAGGCUUCUCACAUUGCACAACUCCCUGAUGCGGAGCGCCAACAGCAGUGCGAGCAGACCGGAGAGGCACAGGGCCCUGCGUACAGCUUUCCACGAGUUGCAGCACAACUGGCGGACCACGAGCCUCUCAUCCUAGAAAAAAAACCGGCAGCAAACGAGGAUCCGCAUUUGCCAGACCUCGCCCCCUACUACUUGCAGCCCAAAGGGAAAGUAAGCUCGUAUGCCUCCGCGCUGGGGCAACAUAGUGGCUCCUCCAGCAGCUCUGCCACUGCCAGAAUGUUCAAGUUGACAAACUACCCGGUAGAGCCGCCAUACCCGUCAUACGACCACCGGCCGAUAGACGCGUCAACAUCUCUUCAUCCGCGGUUGCAGCCUACUGCUGGUGGCAGCAUUGCGAGAAAUUCGUCGUCCUUGUCAUUUUCCCUGUCCUCGGAGGACCACAGAGAUCACCAGCACACAGAUGACAACCACGACGGGGACCAUGUCCAUGAUUUGCUCCUUCCACCACAAAGCUCGUCCUCACCACUGCGCUCUGAUUUGCUCCUUCGCGGUUCUUCGUGUCAAAGGGCGCGAACCGUGGGGACAAGCGAGGACAAAAAGCCCGACGCACCGGAGUUGCGCAAGGAAGCACGUGGAGGCGGGACAAUCUCCGCGCAAGAUGACGCGGGCGGUGACGAGCGGCGUAGUUACGAGGGGGGCUACAGACCUUACACACCUCACGGAGGGGAGGACGCCGGAAGGGCAUACACAGACAAGAGCGACGAUGUUGAUGAAGAACUUCAAUUUAUUCUCGACAGCAGCCGAUCGCGUAAUACUAGUCGGAGCAGUCGCGAUACGUCCGGAAACUCGGUGGCAGCUUUGUUCGAUAUCGAUUGCCCGCACUAUGGGACGUGCUUCAGGCGAGAGAUCGUCGCGUCAGCUUGAAAAAUGACCGACGCCAUGCAGUAGACGCAGACCCAGCACAAUUAGAAUUUUUACCGCGUCGGAGUUGUGCAAAAUACUAAAGGCUCUGAGUUUGCCUCCAAUGCCCUCGUUUUAUGCAUUUAAUAUCCAUGCCCCGCUGCGUCGGCGAUGCAAUCCAGAAACACCCUGGGUGAGGACCGUAGCGGCCGCGCUCACGACAAUAGGCAUCACAUACUAGCCCUAGCUCUUUUGCAAUGCCAGUGUAAGCAUGUUCAUGCGCGUGGCGUGGCGCAGUUCUCGCCAUGUCGACUAAUUCCAAGCUGGUGCCUCCCCACCUGAGGCUGGCGUUUUCAUACGGAUAAAUAUGGAUCUCCCUCUCUUCUCCACACAGCCGGGCUUUCACUAGCACUACCACGCCAACAGCUACGACUUGGCGGCUCCGACUCGCAACCACUUGGGUAUGUUGGCGGCGGCGACGAGCAACCACCCGGGGACUUCGCGACACCUGGCAAAGGUGCACGCCCGGCGAGAUGUGAAAAUGUUUGCGACAGAACCAGGUAUCUGGUGCUUUGCAGUCCGAGUUGCAGUCGCAGUGAAGAUGUGCCUACUCUUUUUUUUUCUUGUCCUCUACUACCUAGCAUUUUCAUAGGGUAGUGGUCAAACUCAGAUCGUCUGGUGGAAGAGAAGUAUUUAUUGUUUGUCUCGGCUUAUCUCUAGCUCUAAGUCUUCGUCUGCGGCUUUUACUGUAGUCCUCAAUCUGCGUUGUAAUUUUCCAGCUCGAGCUCAACCACAUGCGAGGACAUUGAUGUGCAUCACGCGACAUCUCUGUGACGGCAUGCCCAAAGCCUGUACAUGCCCGCAUUGGUGGUUAUUGUGCCAGAUACAAAUGUAGCCGCAAGCCGCGUCGCAAAUGGAAACUGAGCACGAAGGCGGAGCUAGACAGUUCUUUGUAAAUAAAAAUAUAGCUCCUCUUCAUGAUUCAUAAAGUCAAGAAGAAGAAUAAACGUAAUCGCACAACAGUGAUCCAACGGCAAGCGCAAGCAUGGAAAGGGGAACGCUGAGACUCCAAAUGCCGGAGUGCAGUCGAGAGCUUUGCGCAAGCAGUCGGAGCAGCUCGCAGGGGUGUGAGGACUCCGAUUCUGCGGUAGUUGAGGAAAAGCAGAAAAACAAAGAUCAUGAUAGGCAACGGCAACAAAAGCGGACCCGUCGCUCGUCGGAUUUCUCUUCGCUGAAACGCGGCUGUGACGACGAAAGCCUAAGCAGCACGAAGAUUGGCAGUAAAGCUGACGGAUCUGCUGGCCCUUGUUGCGAGCGUGAACAACACGAGCCGGACUCAUCAGAUUCGCAGUCUUCUCUCCGCGUGCACGUCACUGCGAAUUUGCACGAGAUGAAGAGGGUUACACUUACAAGCGUCCUCCGAGGACAGAAGAAAUGGCAGGAACGCGGCAGAAAUGAAGCGGACAGAGUCAGAGGCUCUUCGUUUCUGGCAGGUGAUGCAGGAGACCGAGCUGCAGCUCGUGAAGGAGGGACAGAGAAUGCGAAUCCCAGCAGUGCGCGAAUACCAUGCGAGGACGAAGCCCGUUUUUCCAGCACGUUGCGGACGCUGGCGCUUGGUAAGACUCACAACUGAUUUCGCACUGCUUGUUGAUGACGAGAAGUUUUCAGAGUUUUACCUGUUCUAAUACAAGUUGCGCAAUUCCUGUCGCCACCGAUCUUUGAGAAACGAGAAACAUAGAAACACACGAGGGGAGUAGAUCUAUCAAUGCCGAUAGUCAGGCCGUUCCGGUUCCAGCCCGGCAGGCUGAGAAGGCCACAGACACUGGGGUCGAGCUGGCCAGGAGCAGCACCACAGAGACCGUAGAAGACGCACCCCGCCGCACCACGACGGCGGCCCCCAUGCAUCCAGGCAAAGAACACGGGGGCAGCGGCAGAAGGUGCAGGACGACAGUAGGGGGGGCGCCCGUAGGUAGCGCCACGGCAAUGGCCAGCAGAUGCACGCCCGCGCGCCCCCUUUGGCGAACGCCCCACGACGCGAAGAAGCCCCGCGGCGGAAGCCAAGGUGGCGGGCGCUUGCGAAAGUCCGGCCGCCCAGGCCCCUGCCCACCCGGAAGGCGUGGCGGCCGGGGAGGCAGGUGCCGCAUUGGCCAAAGGAAGACGCCACAUAGAUCGUCGGGGGCGGGCGCGCCCGGGCGGGCCACGACGGCUGCCGCCACUGCCACACAGAUCCGGCGGCGGGACAGCGGGAGAAAGGGCAGGGUGCAGAGGGGGGGUGUCCGUAGUUGCGCGUGUAAUGCCGGGGCAUGCGCCCCCGCCGCCUCGGCGUACGCCGGCCCCGCGGCGUCAAAGGCCGUGGGGACGAUCAUUGUUGAGCGGCCGCCCGGCCGCUUAGCCGCAUACCCUGCCGGAGUGAAGGCCGCAGCGGCAGGGGCCGACUGUGCCGGAAGCGACGGCGAGGCGCAUCCCGACAUGCAACGCUGGCCGCUGCCACACAGACUGACAUGGACGCACGCGCCCAAGCACUAGGCGCGCCGGCGAAGCGAAGGAAGGUCCGCGGAAAAGGCGCCCCCCCUGCUCUCGGGCCUUUUUUCCGCUCUCGGUCGGGCUGGGCUUUUUGCUUUCGGGCUGGACUGGCGCUUUCGGGCCUGGCUUUUGCUUUCGGGCCCGCCUGGUCUCCGCUUUCGGGCUUGGCCCCUGCUUUCGGGUUGCGCCUUCGCCUUCGCGCGUGGCGUUUCCGCUGCCUGCGCUUCCGGGCUCGGCUUUCGCAUCCGGGCCCGGCUUCCGCUUUCGGCCUUGGCCCUGUUAGCUUCUUUCGCUUGUCGGCUUGGCUUUAUUUCGCUCUCGGGCCCUAUGGGAGCGUCAGGAUCGAAAUCGACAAAAUCGAAAAAAAAUUCCGGCAGUCCUUUGAGGGGGCCUCCAGGGCAACCCCUCGGGGACCCCUUUCGAUUCUGACACACUCAAGCAUACCGUGGUGGCUAGCUCGAAAAGGGCCGAGUGCGUCAGAAUCGAAAUGCGAAACACCAGCCCCCCUCCAGGGGGUCCCGGGAUUUUUUUUCGAUUUUAAGAAUUUCGAUCCUGACGCCUCCAUAGGCCCGGCUUGUGUCUCCGGCCUUGGCUUUCGCUUCCGGGCUUGGCCUUCGCUAUCGGGUUUGGCCCCCAUCUGCUUUCUCGGACGGACGGGCGCCGCCUUUUUUCGCUGUCGGGCCUGGCGCCCGCUUUCGGGCUGGGUUUUGUUUCGCGUUCGUGUUUUGCCUUGCUUCGCUUUCGGGCUCGGCCUUCGCUUUCGCGCCCAGCCCUCGUUUUCGGGCUUGGCUGCCACUUACUUUUGGGCUUGGCUUCGCCUUCGGGCCUAGCUUCCACUGCCGGGCGUGGCUCUCGCUCUCCUCCGCUCUGGCGCUUGUGUUUCGGUCUCGGAGCUGGCUUUCACUGCCGGGCCGCUUUGAUUUCGCAGCCGGGCCAGGCUUUCGCUUUCGGGCCGUCUCCUUGGCUUUCGCUUCGGGCCCCGCGUGGCUUCCCUUCGUUUUCGGGGCCGGCCUUCGCUGUCAGGCUCGCACGCUCGGCGAGUGUUAAGCAAGCCCCGGGCCCUGGGGUCUUGGGGCCGCAAGAUUGAAGCACGAAAGCGCGAAGGGGCGACGCCCGAAAGUUUGACGCGCAAACACAUCGGGCUCGCAGGCCGGAAAGAGGUCCGUCCCGAAGGCGCUCGAAAGCUCGAAAGAAGUCCCGAAAGGCCGAAAGAAGGCCCGGAGGCAGGGAGGCCCGCAAUCCGCCGCGGCGGUUUUGGAAGCCCACACACAGCCUGGCUGUGGGCUUCCAAAGCCGCCGCGCCUGAAUAUCUCGAAUCUGAAUACCCCGAGUCUGAAUCUCUCAAAUCUGAAUCUUUCAAAUCUGAAUCUCUCAAAUCGGAAUCUCGCAAAUCCGAAUCUCUCAAAUCUAAAAUAUCUCGAGACUCGAGAUUCGAGCUUCGAGAUUUGAGGUUUGAGAUUCCAGAUCUGAGAUUCCAGAUCCGAGAUUCCAGAUUUGAGAUUCCAGAUUCGAGAUUCCAGAUUUGAGAUUCCAGAUCUGAGAUUCCAGAUCUGAGAUUCCAAGUCUGUUUUUUCGUUUCUCAAAUAUCGGUUAAUUUGAGGUUUGUUCAGCAACUAGAUUUAUAAUGACUCGUUCGUACUAGCGGCCGCGAUUGCAACUCCAACGUAGGGCAAAGCGUCAAGAGGCUUGUAUUCGAUGCCUCGCUCGUCUGGUGUUUCUUUUGCAUUGGUGGUCACGUAAGUUCAGCAAGAUUUUGCUGGAUUUUGUUGUUGCAACCUGUCAGAGCUGGUCUUCUAGCAGCGGCUUGGGCUCUGUUAUCAAUCCGCGUUUAUUUUGCGCGAAUAUGUAUAGUGCUACAACAAACUCACAGAGUGCUUCAGUUCCGAUCCUCAGUCUUUCCCGCUCGUCAGCAAGAAGGAAACCGGUAGAGAACCGGACACGGAUUCUGCUGCCCAGAGUCGGCGCGGGGAGCAGAAUUGUCUUGAUUGGGUUCCCGAUAUUGACCGCCCGAUUGUCACGAACAUGAAUGGAAAAAUCUUUCUAGUACUGCGCCCCUAAGGAAAGAAGAAGCUGCGUCUGCAGCGUGGUCCUUGUUAUCCUCAUCUGCCCUACAUAAAGACCACCACGAGUUGCGCUUCAUACGAUUUGCAAUUGCGUCAUCAUGUAGCUGAGUAUCAUCGGAGAUGGUGGAGUUCCUACAAACUUAUUCCGACAGGGGUUCGUCUCCCAUCCAGAAAACAACAAUUCUCAAUUGAACAAAAGCGCCUCUCAGGCGGCGCCUCCUGCUGUCAGAGGAGGUUCGACGCAUGCUUUUGCCACAUAUGCUAGCGCGCCCUGAUCGAACGGGUUUGAUGCUAGGUUCGUUGUGGCACGAAAGUGAUAGCGUGAUAAACCACGCAUUCGCAUCUGGGGGCCGAGCUCCAUUUUUUCCCUGUAGCAGCUAAGAAUUUCGUUCUAUAUUGGUUGCGCAGUUAGAGGCUCACGCUCACCGUGAUCCCGUUGCAGAAGGUGUAGGGUCUUUCCUUGCAUACUACGGACGAGGCCCGCCUUUCGUCUGAACUGCUGGAUUUGGAAGACAACUACGCAGUGGCAAGCGGCCGCGGACGGCAUGGCUCUCCGGAGGAGGUCGCAUACCGGAGGUAUUUGCAGGAGAAGUAUCGCGAUAUGCGCACUCGGGAGGUAUCGUCCCGAUUUCACUUCUAUGUGGCACAGGAGACCUAUGCAUGGUUCCGUCAGUUGGGAAUAAUCUUCACGAAGAUGCAGAAAGUUGCGCCUACAAUUUUUUCGCAUUCCCCUGCAUGAUGGAAGUUCAUCAUGCUAGAUGACGAGUGCACUUUUUAUUUUCUAUUUCAUUCCGCAUACCAGUUGCAGUUGUCAUGCACCUGGUGCAUAUCAGUUCCGAGGUGGCAAUUUCCAACCUGACGCUUCCAUAAGUCUGUUCGCCCCCUGUCAUUUGCUUUCCCCGGAGAAGCGUCACAGGUGUUUCUGUCAGGGCCGACUCGUUGGCCGACUGGUGAUCCUGAAAAAAUUGCUCGGGACCUGAAAAUGACUACAGCUCCGACUAGUGGAAGCCUCGUGUCAUUGUCUGCGGACCUAACUGGUGCAGGGGACGGGGACCACGCAGCGUUUGAAGUGCUUUCGUCCAGCAGCGCGCACGGAAGAGCUUCGGCAUCCGCAACUUCUGCAGUUUCGGCGAAGCCGGUGCAGUCCCGUAGUACCGUGAGGAGCGUUGACGUCACCGGGUUCGCGCGGGGCGCUUGCGCACCUUCGCACCAUGGUCCUGCAUCAGUUAGUAGCGAAAGCUUCUGGGACAAAUCAAGUAGCGUCCCCCGUUCGGCGCCUUCCGCGGCUUCUGUAUUAACACAUAAGAACCGCGGCACAGCUGGUCUCGCGGUCUUGACGUCGGGGGUACGGACAACUCCACCCGAUGGGGAAGAUGAUGACAAGGUCAGCGACGCCCCCGUGUUUAGCACGAACUGCGACGUGAUCCCGCUAGCCGAUCUGCUUUCCAUCGAAAUCCUUAGGCGACAACGAAAAUCCUGCACCGACGGCCAGCUGCGGUGCGAGCCGGGUCUUGUCCCGCUCUAUGCGCUGCAAAUAUCUCAUCUGACGAGUAAGUUGUACCCGGGAAAGCUGUGAAGACGCCGGAGGUUUUUGAUUCAUGAAUGAGAAACCGAGCGCCCGACGCCGCCAAGUGCAACGAAUUGCUAUUUAGGGGCAGCUCUCUAAUUCAUUCUGUUACGUGACUGAGAGGUCCUCGCUCCCGCCUUUUAUUUGUAAAUAAAGAAAAAGAAUCACGCACUGUAGUUUCUUAAUGUUUCGCAGCAUCCAGGAUAGUGUGCAGCAGGAGUGAGCCUUCCUGAGCGAGCUCAGCGACACAGAAAGUUAUGCGAUCUUCAUCCGGGAGACCGACACCGCCUCCACAGGACAUAUUUGCAGCGCAUACUUUUUUUGGGGAUGCAAAGAGUAAGACAGCCACUGUGGGCUCUGUCCCGCCGUUUGUCGGAGAAGAUGAUACCCAUACCAUGAAUGACGAAGAGAAUACUGGGGCAGGAGGCCAAUGGACUACUACAGCGUCACCUUUCGCGAGGACAACCGGCGCCGCCGCGACUGAGGAUAUCUUGCCCGUCUUGGAGCCGGGACGCCAGCUGUAUUUCGCCCUUACUGAAUGCAAAAGAACUUCUAGCGACCGACCGGAGGACCGGCGCCGGGACUGGGACAGCAAGCGCAGUAAUUUCGAUACUUCUUCCUUCAGCUUCUACGCAUUGGCACGAAAUUUCUGGGUCUCAACGACCUCGGCCACGCGGCCGACGCCGCCAAAAAUUGAAACCAAAGUAUUGCAUGUUCUGUAGGCACUAAGUUUUUCUGCAAGUUUUUGCUCCGCUGUUCUUGAAGCUGGUGCUGGACGAUGACGGGUAGCAAAUUUGGAUUUCUUGAUGAUGAAGUAUCUAAUGAACUACGAUGCCCCUGGCUCGUCUCAGUCAGAAGCUGGAGCUUUACAUCGUUUCUCUAUGUCGUACGAAAGUAGGUUGGAGCACGCUUCGUGUAGCGAUCAGGGGCAGCAACAAGACGCAGCAAUUGCAUUCUGUGAGAUAUCCACGAGACCCAGAUGAAAUGUUUGUUAUGGAUAGCGAAGAUAGUAGUAGCAACGCCCGAGGAGCUGCUGGCGCGUCGGCCUCCUCCUCGGUGGCACAACCUGCGCCAAGAACCGUCAAAACCACUCCAAAGGCCGCCUGCUACGAGGUGGUCCUUGUUGAGCACCGUCCGUUACUCCAAAAUCCUGUCGGCGGGUCCAGCAGCUCUGACUCCUUUUCCCAUUCGCUUUCCCCGAAACUUUGGCGGGCAGCGGUCUUGGAUGCCCUCGCCUCGUUGGUAGUGGGCGAUAUGACACCAAAAAAGAAUCAGAUCCGCGCAGCGGUGUCACAGUUGCGUGCGCGUUACCAGGAGCCGGUGCCCCCAGGGGAUGCGGCACCAGGCAGAAGAACACCUCGACACAGCCACGGGUAUGCUAGUGAACACACGGCGGCCUCCGAGUAUUAAACUCCUGACUCGAAAACUUUCCCGUUCCUCGUACUCCUCGGUUGGGGUUCUCACGCUUUGAUUUGUCAACCCCUGACUCACGCAGCAAACGCAACAAGCGACGUCCUUGUUCGUUGAUCAUGUGCUUCGUCCUUCAUAGUCAUGUCAUCUCGUAGCAUUGAUAGCGAGGCCGCCGGUACUUGUGCGUGUGGUUUUCAUAGUCCGCGAUGGAGAGCCAACGUCGCCCCGUCUCCUGCGGACCACCCAACUUGGCUGACGAGUCGUGCUGGAAGAACUUCGACCUACAUGCGCGCGGAAGAGUCUGACCAUCGACCCGCGGCUGUGUCAGCGCCCAUUACACUACAACAAGCAAGCGAACCCCAACAAUACGGAACGGGAACGGCUGAACAAGCAGAGGGAGAGGCGGCGGCGCCAGAGUUAUCCUCUUCCUAGCUUCAGCACUUCUAGGAUCUAGAGGAGAGAAGUACUUUUUACUUUAUUAAACUGCAGCGUGGCAGAUUUGCUUUGGACGGUAGGGGCAGAAGUGUUGUCCUUUCCCUCCACUCUCUCUCUCUUUCGUCGUUUCUUGUUCUUCUUCUAUGUCUGUAAAAUCGGUUUAGAAUUAUUCCACAUCAACAAUUUAGUAUUUUGUCUAUUGCAUGAAAGAGCAAGAUAGAUUAAAGGGGUAUGAUGUAGUAUGCAGUGUUACAUCCCUUUACUUUUUAUCCGACACCACUUGUCUUAAGGUUCUUCAUCGAUCUUGUAGCUCCUGGCUCAAAAGACAAGUCGUGACAUAGGACGCAAGGUUUUGGUGAUAAAGAUUUCGCCUCUUGCGCCGUGUCUGUGGCUUCGCCGGAGCAAAGAGAUUACCUGAGCCAGAAAAUGGUAGCCCACUUCGAACGAAGUGUGUCCCCAGCGGCAGAACUCAAAUACCAUGUCGAGGAUAGUUUUCGACAGAAGUCGUGUCGCGAACUUCCUUUUUGGGAUGUGAUGAUGCCAGAUAUUGAAGCCUGUAUCUUCUGGGAAAAGAACAACACAAAAUCGACUUGGUGAUGGCGCCUAUCUAAGUCUACAACUACAUAGACUCGAACUUGAAGAGUAAUCGCAAUCUCCUGCAUUUCCUAUCUCCUUGGUUGUUUUUUGUUUUUCGACGUGGUUGGGGCUCAAUUGAUUCCAUUGCAUUGAUUCGCUCUAAUUCGAUUUCGAUGCGCUGCGGAAUAAAGCGGGCGGGGAGGGGUUGAAAGUGGUCUCUCUCGGUAUAAAACUCCUUCAACAAAAGCAUUUUCUUGUUAUGCGAAUCGAAACAACGAGACUCAGACUUGCGAAAAAAAAAAGUGGCGGCCGCGUCGCUGAUUGUUAUUGCUGUUUUAAGAAGCAAGAAGCUCCUUCGUCUCCUAUGUUGGCAAGGAAGACACUUCUGAAGCUAGAAAGCAACACACUGAAGCUAGAAAGCAACAGACGAACGGACUCGCUUCGUUUCGUUUUCUUGCAACGUCCCAUCAUUGCCGUACUACUUAGUGCGAUAGCGAUGACUAGCUCUUGCAAAGUUCCAUCAUUGCCGUACUACUUAGUGCGAUAGCGAUGACUAGCAGUGUCUUCCUCCCGGACCGCCCGGCCUGCAAGAAACUGCACAAAGAACUCAGCGCGCAGGGCGAAAGUCGCGAGGUCCAAGUAACUGCGGCAAGCCUACUAGGCGCCACCCGCUUCAAGCAACUCACCCCGGCCGGGCUUCUCGGCCGUAUUUGUCCCAAGUGCGACGCCGUUGCGGACACGCCGGCCCACUUCCUAGAGUGUUACGAAGUCGGGGACCUUGUCGGGCUAUCGGACCCGCAGCGCCUGGCGCGCCUGUUCUCCUACGUCGCAUACGAAACGCGCGCACACCAAGACGAGCGGCGCCGUGCCGCCGGCGGCGGCGACGCAGCCGGGCCACCGCCGCCCCAGCACAGGGGCAAUUUUUGAGCACGAGGGGCAUUUUGCCACCAUGAACGUACAACCGUCACUACUUCUGGCCUGGUGCCAGUCGCACGUGGAGCCUGCCGCUCAGGCAGCGUCUCCCUACACACCGUAGUAUAAUCAUUCUGUGCUGCGCACCAGGAGUGCGCCCUCUGAUUGAUGAAACUAUAAGGAACCAGCGCAAGAGCCGGCCCGCCAUGGUCACACCCUCCAGCGCGAUGCUCUCCUCCAGCCUCGCGUCUAGAUGUCGUGUUGCGUAGGUGGGUUUCGUUUCACUGUGCUUCCACAACCUCGUUGUUCAGUGGGUCGCUGCCAGAACAGCAGGAUCAAAGAGCGAGCGCCACGUCUGUUUGAAACAAGAGUGGAUCAAAUAAAUAAAAAAAAAUAAAAAAUAAAAUAGCGAUGACUAGCUGCAUUAUAACGUACUACUUAGUUUCCAAAAAAGCAGAGCUGGAGGAUUUUUCAUAAUCCUCCAGCUCUGAUUGUGAAUGAAUGCGGAAAUAAUGUGACAGAAACUUUAUAUUAAUAUUAUUCGAUACGAAAAAGUUGUAUAAUAAUUUCGUAAACCGCUGCGUGAUUUCUCUUUCUGCGAAUGGAAAGUCACUCUUGCCGCAUUUCCUGAUUUUUCUUAUAGAUUGUUUUGUGGUUGCAGGUAUGACAAUGAAAAUAC